AUGGGGCUGGACGAUAACGCCUGGUGCGCGUAUCACAGGUGUAGAGGUCACUCCACAGAAAAAUGCUUCCGCUUAAGGGAUUUAAUUGAAGAACUAAUAAAAAGCGGACACCUUCGAAAAUUCAUUGACGACGCCGCCCAAGGGCGGGUUGUCGUGCCAAAAGUUCCCCGGCAGGAGCCACGAGACCCUCCUGGGCCAAACAGAGAGCCUCCCAAGGGGAGAAUCUCCGUGAAUACAAUAGCGGGAGGAUUCUCAGGCAGGGGCGAAUCAAGCUCAGCAAGGAAAAGGUAUGUACGCCGAGCCAUCUCGGAGAUAUACCUCGUAAGUCAACCUCAGCCAUUAGACGUACCGGAUUUGGCAUUCACGGCAAAGGAUGGUUUGGAGGUAGCACCCCAUGACGAUGAUCCCUUAGUGAUACAAGUCCAAAUUUUGAACUGUGAUGUAAAAAGAGUACUGAUAGAUUCGGGGAGUUCAGCAGACAUUAUGGGCGGCCAUGUCCACUCUAUACCUAGCAAUAAAAUACCCCCUCGAGAAUGGGGGAGUAGGAACAGUAAGGGGCGAUCAGAUUCUCGCCAAGAAGUGCUACGAGUCCAGCUUAAAGAUACGACACCGAACUUCCAGCGCAAGCGGGAAAUUCGAAAGAAGACAAGCCGCAACUCCAGGCGGCAUAAACAUGAUAGAGAGCGCAGAUAUGGAUCCAAGGGAGGAAUUCCAAGAUCGAAGGGUAAGCCCUAUAGAAGACCUGGAGCAGGUUCAAAUUGGCGAUUACCCUCACCAGACAACUAG